CAUGUGUGGAGCGAAAGUGAAGACUGCUUACCUUUUCUGCAGCUUGCACAGGAUUACAUCUCCUCCUGUGGGAAAAAGACACUCCAUGAAAUAUUGGAAAAAGUCUUCAAAUCCUUCAGACCCUUACUUGGGCUUCCAGAUGUUGAUGAUGAUGCAUUUGAAGAAUAUAAUGCAGAUGUGGAAGAAGAGGAACCAGAAGCCGAUCACCAACAGAUGGGUGUCAGUCAGCAGUGA